AUUCUUUUUUUUUUGUUGGCAGUAUGUCCAUCACGAAGAUCUUUGCCCGUGAGAUCCUGGAUUCCAGGGGGAAUCCCACCGUGGAAGUGGAUCUGUACACUGCAAAGGGCCUCUUUAGAGCAGCAGUGCCCAGCGGUGCUUCCACUGGAAUCUAUGAGGCUUUGGAGCUUCGAGAUGGAGAUAAAUCCCGCUACCUUGGCAAAGGUGUGUCAAAGGCGGUGGAGCACAUCAAUAAGACCAUUGUGCCAGCUCUGCUGGAAAAGAAACUGAGUGUGGUGGAACAAGAGAAAAUUGACAAGGUCAUGCUGGAACUGGAUGGGACCGAAAACAAAUCAAAAUUUGGUGCCAAUGCUAUUCUGGGUGUGUCACUGGCUGUCUGCAAGGCAGGUGCAGCUGAGAAAGGUGUGCCCCUUUACCGCCACAUUGCCGACCUGGCUGGAAAUUCUGAAAUCAUCCUGCCUGUUCCUGCCUUUAAUGUGAUCAAUGGUGGCUCCCAUGCUGGGAACAAGCUGGCAAUGCAGGAGUUCAUGAUCCUGCCAGUUGGUGCCUCCUCCUUCCAUGAGGCUAUGCGCAUUGGUGCGGAGGUGUACCACAAUCUGAAGAAUGUGAUCAAGGCCAAGUAUGGCAAGGAUGCCACCAAUGUAGGAGAUGAGGGUGGAUUUGCACCCAACAUCCUGGAGAACAAUGAAGCCCUGGAACUGCUGAAGUCUGCCAUCGAGAAGGCCGGCUACCCUGACAAGAUCGUGAUUGGCAUGGAUGUUGCUGCAUCAGAGUUUCACCGCAGUGGGAAAUAUGACCUGGACUUCAAGUCCCCAGAUGACCCUGCCCGACACAUUACUGGAGAGAAGCUGGGUGACCUGUACAAGAGCUUCAUCAAAAACUACCCUGUGGUAUCAAUUGAGGAUCCAUUUGACCAGGAUGACUGGGAAAACUGGACAAAGUUCACUGCAUCUGUGGGAAUUCAGAUUGUUGGUGAUGACCUGACUGUCACAAACCCCAAGAGAAUCCAGCAGGCUGUGGAGAAGAAAGCUUGCAACUGCCUGCUUCUGAAAGUCAAUCAGAUUGGCUCAGUCACAGAGUCUAUCCAGGCUUGUAAACUGGCCCAGUCUAGUGGAUGGGGUGUGAUGGUCAGUCACCGCUCAGGAGAGACAGAGGACACCUUCAUUGCUGAUCUUGUUGUUGGGCUCUGCACUGGCCAGAUAAAGACUGGCGCCCCUUGCAGGUCUGAGCGUCUGGCUAAAUACAACCAACUGAUGAGGAUUGAAGAGGAGUUGGGCAACAAAGCUGUGUUUGCAGGAAAGAACUUUCGCAACCCCAGAGCCAAGUAAAACCUCUUGAAGCCUUGGCUUGAACCUCCUCCCAGCCAUGUUUGCAUAGGGUGACUUUGGUUAGCCUUGACUAAUGUCUGCUUGUUCCAGUUUGCAGCCCCUGGUGAGCCCUUCUGUGCUCUAAAGGUUGACCAGUGUUGGCUUGUCAAUAAACAUCUGUCUCCAAACACUU